CCUCAAAGGCAGACGUAGUUUAUGAUUUAGUGACUAUUGAGCGUUCAGUGUCAAGCUGUUGUCUUUUUUUAGAUUUCAUUGCUUGUCUAUUUCUCAAUUCUCGAAACCCUCUUCGAUCCAGACAUUUCUGAGUUGGAAGCAUACAAUCUGACAUUUGGGCAUCUCUCGAAAUUCGAAACAUUGCUCUUUGUUUUGGGGAGUGUUGAGACAGAGCUGAGGAGUUCAAUCCUUGGGUUUGGGUGAAUCUUUAUGCGUGUACCUCUUCAAAACUCACAAUCCUCUUUGAUUGGCAGAAUCAUUUGUUCAUCGAUGCAUUCCCACAAAUUGCUUUUGUUUAUGGAAUUGUUGUGUGAACAUCUCUUUAAUGCAAUUUGUGCCUAGAAUCAGCCUCACUUAUAUUCUGAAUGUCACAAGGAGGUUGGUCAUCCCUCUGCAUUUCAGAGAGUCAUUGUUUUUGUUUGAUUCACAACAUUCUCUUCCUUUGAUGGAACCUAGUUGCCGUUCUCCAGUUUUACUGCUUCAAGUUACGCAUCUGCCGAGAAGGGUUCAGAAGUUACAUAAGAACGAUCAUCAACACCAAAGACAUCCAUUCCUCUGGCGUAGCCAUGGAAGAAACUACAUUAGAGGAAAGGAGCCGCGUUCUAGCUCACAUCCUCACAGUACCCACAACUCAGCCUUCCCUCUACGACCAGUUUUUCAUCUCAAGACAGAUGCCUUGUUAUCUGAAAUGGGACUAUCCACCCGUUUUUUGUAAAAGAAAUAACAAUGGAUGGCUUCCUCUUCAUUUUCAGUAUGGGUUGCUUCUAUUCUUUAGAAGAUGUGUCAAGCUUGGGCUGCCCGAGACUUCAUGGAGGUGCAAGUGCCCCUUCCAACAGCCACCCCCACUGACCAUAGCUAAGGGUGUAGAACCUGCUUCUUUGCAAUUGAACACCGAGAAGAAAAGAGAGCUGGCCAGGAAAAUUCUCAACAGGAAGCGGUGGAUUUCGAGGGUCCAUCCGCUCAUCCCUUUCCUUGUUCCCAAUGUUGCUCUGUUUAUGCUGUUCUUCCAUAAUCCAUUGCCUGAGGAGUACAGAUCAUAAUGCACCAGAUUUUCACAUGAAAACCUAUAAUCUGAACUUUGAUUCUUAAAUGUAAAUCAUAACUGACGUUUUCAGGUCCCUUUUUUUUUUU